AUGGAUAACCUCAAAGAAGAGUACCGGCUCUCCUACCGCCGCAUGCAAGACCCGCCGGAGCCGGCACUUCCAACGGCCUCCGAACAGGUGCUCUUGCAGAGCCAAAGCACUGGAUUCUGGGGUUCCAGCUGGGCGCUGGAGGUGAUAAGUAGCGUUGUCGCCGUAGCUGCUCUCGUCGCCAUUAUCGCCGUGCUAUAUAUCUAUGACGGUAAACCUAUACCCGACUGGCCAUAUAGCAUCACGCUCAAUGCCCUAAUUUCGAUGCUGAGCACCGUCAUGAAGGCGGCCCUGGCAUUCCCCAUCACCGAGGCCUUGUCCCAACUCAAGUGGUCGUGGUUCAACCGGGGCAACAAGUUGAGCGAUUUGUCCGCGCUGGACGCCGCCAGCCGCGGAGCCAUCGGCGCGUUCAUGAUUCUCUUUCGCUUUCUACCUCGCCAUCUGGUAUCCAUUGGGUGCCUUAUUCUCGUCGUGGGGGCGGCGAUUGCUCCGUUCGUGCAGCAAGUUAUCGCUAUCAAUCUCCGCCCCGUUCCCUCUUCCGGCGUAUCCUCUAUUGAGGUCUGUAACUCCAGCACCUAUACCGACUACGACGAAGGUGCCGGUCCCGGUAUGAACGAAGUGCCCCUCUCCACGGCCGGGGCCAUCUACACGGGACUUUUCCAGAGCGCUAGCCCCCACAGCAACGCCGUUACCCUAUCUUGUCCCACGGGGAAUUGCACCUUCGACCCUUAUCAGUCCCUGGGCAUCUGCACGCGGUGUGCCAAUAUCACCGACCAGCUCGCGAAUUCCUCGAACUCAUUUGGCACCCUCAUGCAAUACGAUUUCAAACUUCCAAAUGGGUUUCACUUCGAAACCGCCAGCAAUGAGAUAUACCUGAUGAACGGCACGGUUGACCUUCCCCUUCUUCGAGUGGACACCGGCGGGGUUCCUUCCUUUCUCAAUUUCACGGCCAUCUCGGCGGCCGGGUAUGGGGUCCCGCCGUCUGUCAGCGCCACGGAAUGUGCCCUCUACUUCUGCGUCAAUACGUUCCAUUCGUCGGUGACUCAGGGUUCGUUUAACGAGACCCGCGUAUCUUCGCGGACCUCGUCCAAUGCCACCUCGUCGGUUAUUACGGAGGAUCUCUUCUUAACCCCGGAGACCUGCUACAAGAACGGCACCAGGCACCAGUCGACCGACGACUGUACCUACCAUGUCAACUGGUUCAGUGGGCUCGCGCUGUCCAACUCCCUCCGGCCGCUCCUCCACGGGAAUGGGUCGCUGUUCAUCAGCAACCGCCCGAGUUGGUCGUCCGACACGCUCAAGGCGGUCUACGGCACCCAGGGCAAUUACACGGACGUUAGCUCGGUCUUCCACUCUCUUUCGUCAGCACUCACCACCCACGCCCGGUCUAAGGUCUGCCACGCAUUGGUCACGGGCAAGACGUGGACGAUGGAGUCCUUCGUGCAGGUGCGUUGGCUGUGGAUGGUGCUGCCCAUCGCCCUCGUGGCCCUGGGCUUUGUUUUCCUGGUCGUGACGAUCGUGAAAACCAAGAACCAGUACAUCUGGAAGUCCUCACCGCUGGCUCUCCUGUUUUCGGAUCUCAGCGUGGAUGCGCCGCACUCGAUUCGGGCCAGUCCCAGCUUGAGCGGAAUGGAGGACACGUCCAAGAAGAUGAAUGUGUGGUUGGAGACGACGAACGCCGGGGUGCGGCUGAAGGGGAUUCCGGGCUGA